UCUUUUGGCGUCCAAAUGUCUUCUGCAGCCCGCCUGGUUUCGUCGAAUCGUCGGCAGGCCUUAUCUCGGGCUAAGCUUGCUCUCUACAUGGAUAGCAGCGUCGUUGUAAUCAAUAAGCCCCCGGGAUUUGUUUGCCAAUUUAACAGAAAGGCAGCAGAGGAGGGUUGGACGAACUCAUUGAUGGUAAAGUUACAUGUCUCAGACCUCAAACUGGAUCUUGAUCUGAACGAUGAUCUGCAUCAUGCACACCGUCUUGACAAGGGAACCACAGGGUGCCUGGUCCUUGCGCGCAGUAAAGACAGUGCCCGGAAGCUUUUCCAACAAUUCUCCUCCCAUGAGAUAGAAAAGACCUACCUAGCACUUGUCCGCGGUGGAUCAGCAUCAUUUUCAGAGCAAGCGGGCACCAUACGGGGCAUUCUUUACUCGUAUGAUGGACGCGUCUCGACCAAAGACUCGGGAGGCCCCGGUGAAGGGAAAAGAGCGAUUGCUGAAACCGAUUGGGAGGUCAUUGCAUCCUCUCCGAUCGUCCCUCUCACUCUUGUGAAGUUAACUCCUUAUACGGGGUUCAAGCAUCAACUUCGUGUUCAGAUGGCAAAAUGCAUGAAAGCGCCUAUCCUCGGCGACACUGUACAUGCUAAGGCCAAGUUAUCACCGAAAAUCACUGACGUUGUCAAAGUACCUGAGAACAAGAUGUACCUACACGCGUCGCAGCUCUCUUUUCAUGAUUGUCGGACAGCCGAUAACAAAAAACGCGUACGGAUAACGGUUGGCGCGCCGCUUCCGACAUACUUCUCGCGACUAUGCGAACAGAUCAAAAUCCCAUUGAUGCUCGACAUGUCGAAGGGUGGACUAUGGGUCAAUGGACAGCGAGCGCUAACAGAAAUGAUUCCGGAAAAACAAUGCCAACCAGAAGUCGGCCAAGGCAUACCAGAACAGACCCAUAUAGAACAAUCCGAUCCGCAACACAUACUUGAGCAGCUGGAUGCUCGAUGGCUCGCGAACUGA